AAAUUCUAUUGACAAUUAGUGACAGAAGAAUAAUUUAACAUAGUUAUUGACAAUUAUCUCUCCACAAUUGAUUAAAAGAUCAACAAUUAACUUGAGUUGAUGUAAACUCGUCGUUGUUGUCAAGGUAAUGGAAAAGUAAACAAAUGAUGUAAUAUCAACAUCGAUCACUUUUUCUUUGUUAUUAUUUGUCUCAUGUCUUCAUUUGAUUGUAAAUCAUUGAUUGUUGCGAUUUAAUUUUAAUUUGUCUAGUAUUGCUAUUCUAAAUUGUGUAUCAGGAACAAUGGGUUGAUCAGGACAAUAUAAAUUAAUUGUAUUCUCAUCGAAUCGUAAUCAUCAUCAUCUCCAUCAAAUCCUCACACAACCAUUGGAAUCAUCAUUUAAUUUUCAAUUAAAAUGUGAUGAGAAAUUAAUUUUAAUCUACCUGAUGAUCAUUCUGAUUGAAAUUAAUUAACUAAUAUUAUUGUUUAUCAUAAUUCAUUGAUUACUUAUAAUUGUCAGUUGAUUUAGUGUUCAUGUUUAUCAUGUUGUGUCACGUUAAUGAUUGUUUAUUGUUAUUAUUAUGAUUACAUGAAAUUGUUGAUUGUAGUAAACCUGUUGAGUUAAUUGGUCAGUUUUAUAUUGAUGAGAAACAAAAAUUAAUCAAUUGAUUGCUUAAUGAUCAUGAUGCAAUUUAUAAGAUAAUCGUUGUAAACAUCAUUAUGAUCAAUGAUUUUUACCUCUAUUUUAAUUGUUGAUCAUUCAUCUUGAUUGUCAGAUUUUACCAAUUAAUGUGAUUAUUUAUGGUUACAUGUCUGCAAAUGUCUAUGUGUUGAUUGAUCAAACUCAAUUCUUGUGUAAUUAUCAUCUCAUCAUCUCAUCAUCAUUUGGUGAUUACUGUUUUUAACGUGUUUUAAUCAAUAAGCUGAGACCCAUGAGAUGCUAGUGAUUAACCUAAAUAAUAAUGAACACUACCGGCUAUUAAUAGAGAUAUUGAACAAUUAACAAGACAAACUUUUCCAAUUGUAAUUAAGAUCUUCAAGUUAAUUAACGAAAGAAAAUUGAAAAGCAAAUGUGAUUAACUUUAUCUCUUCUAUGUAAUAUUAACUUCUCGAGACGAACAUUUAAUUUCAUUGUUUCCAAUCUUCUUCUGGUUCAUUCUAAUCAUCGACAAUUAAAUCAAACAACCUCAAUUCAAAGAGUGAGAGAAAGAGAAAGAAAGGAAAAAAUUAUCAUCAUGAUCAUCACAAUUGUCACCUUUUUUUUGUUAUAUUAUUUUCUCCAUGAACAAUAACAAUAUUGUGGAAAAAUUAUUCAAUAAUAAUUAAUGAAUUUGUAUUUUAAUUGUAAGAACAAAAUUUCACAUCAACAAAGGUAAUCAAACGAAACCCUUGAAGGCAUCAAAAUACAAGACAAAGACAAGAAUCAUGAUUAAUGCUCACCCAGCGAUCAUGUUAAUCAACCACCAAAGCUGAACAACAAUCAACUGAUUACAAUUAUCUUCAUCAAUUACAAUUUGAUCAUUAUUAAGGAACAACAAUUAAAUGUGAAUUAAAUGAUGGCGAGUUAACGUGGGUGUAGCUUUUUAAUGUUUCUUUUGACAUCUUGCCUCUCCUGGUAUUCCUACCUAAAGCUACCUUGAGCGAUUAUUGUAGUUGUUUUUUUCUUCAUCAAAUGAUUACAUCAACUCCAUCAUCAUCAUCAACAACAUCAACUUUAUUCUGAUCAGCAAUCAACUAUCAACAUCUUUUUAGUUAGCAACACUUUUUUUUUCUUCUCUCUCUCUUUUCUUCAGCAAUCAACAAAAGUAUCAACACAACAAGGGAACAAAGAGUUAAUUUGGUAAAUUGAAUAUCUCUUUUUUUUUGUUAAUCCAUCAAGUGAAUUGCGAUGAAUGUCAAAUCAUUUGGAAAAGCUCUUGUACGACGUAAACAAAUUGAACCCAAUUCUCCGUCGAGCGUUUUGAAUCGCUGCUUAACGACCUUUGAUUUAACGGCUCUUGGUGUUGGAAGUACUCUUGGUCUUGGAUUGUAUGUCAUCUCCGGUGAUGUCGCGUCCAAAGAAGCUGGACCUGCGGUAAUUUUUUCCUUUCUUUUCGCUGCCGUCGCCUCGAUUCUUGCUGGUCUUUGCUAUGCUGAGUUCGGUGCUCGUGUUCCCAAGGCGGGAUCAGCUUAUAUCUACAGUUAUGUUACCGUUGGUGAAUUUAUCGCUUUCAUUAUCGGUUGGAAUAUGAUUCUUGAAUAUGUAAUCGGAACUGCAUCAGUUGCUCGUGGAUUCAGUGGUUACAUGGAUUCGCUGUUUAAUAAAACGAUGUCUCGACAUUUCGAACAGUGGAUGCCGAUUGAUAUUCCAAACAUGUCUCGUUAUCCUGAUCUUUUCGCUUUUGCUAUUACAAUGUUUUUAUCAUUUUUGUUGGCUCUUGGUGUUAGAGAAUCAACUCGAUUUACGAGUAUUUUCACCGUAAUUAAUCUUAUCAUUGUGACUUUCGUCAUCGUUAUCGGAGCAUUUAAGGUCGAUUUUCAUAAUUGGGCUCUCGACCCGGUUAAAGAUCAACUUCCAGCCACCGCUGGAAAAGGUGGAUUUCUACCGUUUGGAUUUUCGGGAAUGAUGGCUGGAGCUGCGACCUGUUUCUACUCUUUCGUCGGGUUCGAUAUCAUCGCAACGACCGGCGAAGAGGCUCAAAAUCCUCAGAAAUCAAUUCCAAUCUCAAUUGUUGCUUCUCUUUUGAUCUCAUUUUUUGCCUACUUCGGUGUUUCCAGUAUCCAAACUCUGAUGGCUCCUUAUUAUGAGCUCGCAGUUUCAGCGCCACUUCCUUUCGCCUUUGAACGAGCCAAUCUCUCCUUUGCUUGGUGGUUCAUCACAAUCGGUGCUCUUGCCGGCCUUUCAACCAGUCUUCUUGGUGCCAUGUUCCCAAUGCCUCGAGUCCUUUAUUCAAUGGCAACCGAUGGAUUAAUCUUCCAAUUUCUGGCCUACGUUCAUCCCACCACACAAACCCCACUCGCCGCUACCAUAGCAUCCGGACUAUUUGCCGGAAUCAUGGCCGUGUUUUUUGACGUCGACGAACUCGCUGGUAUGAUGUCAAUCGGUACCCUUCUUGCUUACACCUUAGUCGCUGUAUCAAUUUUGAUCCUCAGUUACGAGUCUUUAAUCGUAUCGAAACAAACACGUUUCGCUAAUCGUAAUCAUCGUUUCUCAAAUGAAACUGAUGCUUUAAAUACUUCUGAAUAUGAGCCUUUAACCCAAUCUCAAUUCGAUGAAUAUGACGUUGAAAAGGAAGCAAAUGAUGAUAAUGAACGAGCAAUUAGUCCCGAACUAUCAUCAGAUUCAGGACCCGAAUCAACGAUUCCAUUAACUAAUGAUAAUGGUUUUCUCCCGAUAAUUGGUAGAUUUAAGAGACGAGUCUUUAAUUCAUCAGGGAUUAUCUCACCUAAUCAAGAGACUUCAUUCAUGAGUAAAUUUUUAAUCUCUGUCAUCUGUGGAAACAUUAUACUAUUGGAUUUACUGUUAGUUUUACUUGAAAAUCAUCUCAGUCAAUUAAAUCUGAUCUCCUUAAUUGCUGUCGCCGCGGUAUUGGCCUACCUGUAUACGAUGAUUUUUGCUCUCUCCCGACAGCCAAUCUCAACUACUGGCUCAGGAUUUAAGGUUCCUUGGGUUCCAUUCACUCCAAUCAUCUCGAUCUUCAUUAAUGUCUAUUUAAUGAUGAAACUUUCAAUCGCUACUUGGGUUCGUUUCGCAGUUUGGAUGAUCAUAGGGUUGGCAAUUUACCUUUUCUAUGGUAUUUGGAAUAGCAAAGAGCGUAACAAUAGUGAAACAAUUCAAAUUGCUCCAGUUUCUUAUAAAUCAAAGGAAUCAACAUUGAGUUAAAUUGUUAAUUGUUAACAAUUGAUAAAUUUUUACUUCGUAUCUCUUACUACAAAUGAAAAUUAUUUCUCUCUCAUCAUCAUCAAAAUGGUUAAUUGAAAUUAAUUUAAUUCACCAAUCACCAUUCGGAUGAUGAAACUGUCAACAUAAUCAACUUUAAUCAUUCAACUACAAUUAACUAUUAUUGUAUUUUUAUUGACUCCAAUCCAUCAACAAUCAAAUCUUUAUGGACCAAAAAAUAUUGUUUCUAAUUUAACUAAUUGAUCAAUUUUAGUUUUGACAAUUUAAUUACCAUUAUAUAAAUAUAACUAUCAAGAGACAAUUAGAUUAAUUUUGGCUUAAUCAUUACCAAUUUAUAUAUAUAAAUAUACAAUCUAAUUUUCUUACCAAUUUAAUUGUUAAUCUACUAUAAUUAACUUUUUUUUUGUUUUUACUCUUUUAAUUGUAUUAAUUCAUUGAUGAUGAUGAUGAUGUUCAUUGUAAUUUGUUAA